UGUUGCAAUGUGUUGUGAUUGUUAGCACGCCGCAUUUUAUCCCACUUCUCCCACCUUUAACAGCAAUGCUAAAAGAUUUCUAAACAACUAACCACUCAUUUCGUGUCGUGUGGAUACUAUCUGGAAUGUACCGGCGCGGGGCGAGCAAGAAGGAUCAAAACAAACCGGCUAAGGAGCAGAGCGACAGCAGCAAGUAUGCAGAGCUGCUGGUUUUCGGCUACGCCUGCAAGCUGUUCCGGGACGAUGAGAGGGCCAACUACCACGAUCAGGGCAAACACCUCAUCCCAUGGAUGGGGGACAAGAACAUCAUGAUCGAUAGGUACGAUGGCCGCGGUCAUUUACAUGACCUUUCAGAAUAUGACGCAGGCUCGUGGAAUCACGAUUACCAGUUGUCAGAGGAGGAGGCCAGGAUAGAAGCUCUGUGUGAUGAGGAGAGAUAUCUGGCCAUGCACACAGAUCUACUGGAAGAGGAGGCCAGGCAAGAGGAGGAGUAUAAAAGACUGAGUGAAGCUUUGGCUGAUGAAGGCACCUACAAUGCAGUGGCCUUCCGUUACAGUGCCGACUACUAUGACCCCUCCCAGCCCACUGAGGAAGAAGAGGCCGCUAAAGAAACAGAUCAAGAGCAGCCGGAGGAAGAGAGUGAGGAACCAUUUGUGGCACCCCCUGGCCUUGUCAUCCCUCCAGACGUAGAGCUGCCUGCGACCACCAAGACCCACGCCAUUAUUGAGCGCACCGCCAACUUUGUAUGCAAGCAAGGGGCCCAAUUUGAAAUUGUGCUAAAAGCAAAGCAAUCCGGGAAUUCCCAGUUUGAUUUCCUGCGGUUCGACCAUUACCUGAACCCUUACUACAAACACAUUCUUCGAGCUAUGAAGGAAGGAAGGUACACACCGGUUUCAGAAGGCAAGCAAGACCAGCAACAGGAAUCAAAGUCAGACGAUUCUGAUGAUGACGAUGAUGACGGGGAUGGAAAUUACCUUCACCCGAGUCUGUUCGCAUCCAAGAAGAGCUCUCGUUUGGAGGAAAUAAUAAAGCCUCUUCAGGUCAUUGACCCGGAUCAUCCAUUGGCAGCGCUGGUUCGGAAAGCCCAACAGGAGAAUAAUGGUGCUGCGGCAGUGGCAACCAGAAUGGAGGAAGAGCAUCAACCUUCAGUAGUAGCCACACAGGCAGAAUAUACCACUGAUCCUAAUGUGGCAGCAAUAUACUAUGGCUACUGUUUGAUGCCUGAUGGUACGUACUGCCUGGCUCCGCCACCUCCUGGAAUUGACGCCAGUGCCUAUUACACUUCGCUGCCCACUGGCAUGAUGCCGACUCAUCCUGCGACUGGCCCUCCGCCUCCCCCUGGCACCGCACCUUCUUUGGACCCUGUGGCUGCAAUCCCAUCAGUCCCUAUUGCAUGUCCAGUCACAGUGUCGGCUCCUACCUCUGUUCCGAUCACCCAUGCUGCUCCUGCAGCCCCUCCAGCUUCCAGCUCUCGGCCUCCUCAAACCACCAUCGCCCCAACGCCGGCGGCCGCUCCUGUCGCAGCCAUCAUCCCCCCACCCCCCGACAUCCAGCCUGUCAUUGACAAACUAGCCGAGUAUGUGGCCAGAAAUGGGGUGAAAUUCGAGACCAGUGUGCGUGCCAAGAAAGACCCAAGGUUUGACUUCCUGCAGUCCUGGCACCAGUACAACUCCUAUUACGAGUUCAAAAAGCACUACUUCAUGCAGAAAGAAGGCCUGAGUGUGUCAGAGGGUUCCCUGGUCUACAGCGAUGAGGGGGACAGUGCAGCCAACUGCUCUUCUGACAAGCAGCAGAACGAGGGCAAGCUCAUUAAAGCAUCCUUCGCACCCAUCUGCUUUGCAAUAAAGUCCAAAGAAAAUGACAUGAUGCCCUUGGAGAAGAACCGCGUGAGGCUGGAUGACGAUUCAGAUGAGGAUGGGACGAAAGGAGAUGGGGCAGAGUUGGCAACGGGAUUGGUUGAGGCUGCCAGAGAGCCUCAGCCUCAAUUACCUGAGCAGAGGAAACCGGUGCUCUCACAGGAGGAGCUAGAAGCAAAACAAGCCAAACUGAAGCUGGAGGACCGUUUAGCAGCAGCAGCGAGAGAGAAGCUGGCUCAGGCCUCCAAAGAGUCCAAAGAGAGGCAGCUCCAGGCCGAACGCAAGAGGAAAGCCGCCCUCUUUCUGCAGACUCUGCGAGGCCCUGAGGCUGAGGUCAAGCGAACUGAAGACAGAGCUGCUCCACCUGAGCCAGUGGUGUCCAACCCUCCCAUGAGUGCACACACGACUCGAAUACCUGGUUUGGACUACCAGUCUCUGGAAACAGUGUCAAUGCAUAGCGCAGAUGCCCCAACUCCUAUUCUGACCACCUCUUACUCCUCGUCGUCCUCUCGUGGGCCUGAACGGAACAGAGACAGGGAUCGAGAUCGAGAUAAGAGAAAGAAGAAACAUAAGAGAAGGUCUCGCUCCAGGUCACGAUCCCGAUCCAUAUCGAAAUCCAAAACCAAGCACUCUUUGCCCAGUGCUUACCGCAGCUACAGGAGAUCCAGGUCCCAGUCUCAUUCUCCCAGCCGACGGGAUCGGCGAGCUCGCUCUUCAGAUAGGAAGCGGGAUGAGAGGGAGAAAGAAAGCUAUGGCUCAAGUGCCUACCGCCUUGGCAGCAACCCAGGACUGGGCAGGAAGCGCUCUAGAUCAAGAUCGCCUCAUGAAAAGAAGAAGAGGAAGAGUUCAAAGUCAUCCCACCGUAUGAAGGGUUCCUCUUGUUCCCCUUCAGCAUCCCCUGACAGAGGCGGAGCAAUGACCAGAGUCUCUGUAAGCCCCUCCCCUGCUACAAGCCCCACCUCCAGCCUGGGGAGAUCCAGGGAUGGUUCUCAGGAGAAAGACAAGCAAGUGUCCUCAACUAUUGUUUCUUCAGUUCAAACUAAAAUCACUCAGAAUCAAUUCUGACACCUCAAAAUUGGGGCAGGACUUCCAGGGACCAGUGUCUUAUUAAAACCAGAAACUGCUGUUUGAAUCAACGGAAGCAUGGUUCACCUUGACAAAAAACUUGACCGGCAGGCUUGUGCAUACUUGCAUGAGGAAGUCCCUCUGUCCACAGUUCCCCCCUCUAGCCAGGGAAUGAAAACUCCAGGAUGUGCAGACCACCCGUAGAUCCUGUGUCAGGGAAGCAGGUUUCUACUCGGCUCAGUUUGAUCCUUGCCUGCAGCCCUACCUCACGCAGCUACGAUCAGAUCCUCCAGAGGAGAGUGUUCCAGCUCUGACAUGCACAUCCCAACUAUUGAUAGAGGAAGAAAUGCUCUCUGGAGGUGCUCCGGUGGAGAAUGGUGCAGUUUUACAACCGGCAAAUAAAAAAGCUGUAACAUUAAAGGCUGGGGGAAGCAUGUUCUCUGUUUUAGCACUACUCCCUUGGGAUUUUAUGAACCUUAUAUCUGCCUGUCAGCCGAACAACAAGGGAGGCUGGUUUAUGGUACUCCCGGUGGAAGACAAUGGUCUCUUUAAUCUUUUUCCUGUGAUUUUCACUCUCCUUUUCGCCCUAAAUUUUCGGUGUUCUUUAUUCUUCAACAGUGUUUAGCAUAGGCUGCGUGUUGAGGGUGGCAGGUGACUGAUGGUUUGAUUAGGAGAUGUUUAUGGGGGACAGCAAAGUACACCCUGGCAGGUGAUCAGUUCUUCAUUAAAGGGUGAUGGGUUAAAAAAAAGAAAAUGACAAAGAGUUUGAUCGUUUCAUUCCCUAGUACAUCACUGUGACUUUGGGAAGAAGACGAUUCAAACAAACACACUCAGAGCAUCAUUUAAAAAAAAAAGUGGUGAAUGUGAAAGCAAGAGUUCAGAGAGAAAGAGAUAUGGGGUUUGAUUUCACUGUAGCCCUUAGUAUCUAGGACAUGGGUUGAUUGCCAAGCUUUUAGCAACAUUCUUUGGAAUUGCUUUUAAAUGACCUGGGCCUGUCACCAUAGUACCACCUCUGUGAACCUGAAGUGCUUUAGCCAUCCUUUGAACUCAUAAGAAUGUGGGUUUUCUGUCAAACUGAUCGAGGACUAGGCCCAAGUGGCUACUGAAAACCUAAAUGCCUGCAAAAAGCCAUUCUUGGUUCCAAUUGCAUGUCUAUUUGCCAGCUAUUAUUUGGUAAUUUCACAUCAGAAAGCAACAACGUUCUCAUAGUGAGAUCAUGUGAGAGGAGAGUUUGGCACUCACAUUCUCAGAUAUCCUCACACUUCAUCCAGCUGUGGUCUCAUAAUGAGGUCUAAUCAUACUGAAUAUAUCCUUCUUUCUUUGCAAUAAUCUGCUCGGGUCAGUUGGAAGCUCAGAGAGUCCUUUAUCCCAGCUUAGUCCUGUCACUCGAAUGUACUAAAUCAACGUAUUAUGAUCAGAGAGCCGUAUUCUAUCUGUUCCAUCUUGGGUAACCUCAGUAUUUUUGAUCAAGUAGUAGCUUGUUGUAGUGCAUUUUGUUGCUGUAUUGCAUUUCAACUAGCACCAGCAUCCUUCAGCCACCAUUCCCAUUAAAAGAGGAAAUUAUUAACUAUAACUUGUAAACCUUUAAAGACAGACAUACCAUGAACUCAGAGGUUGGUAAUAGAUAGGAUGUGCUGCUUUUUAAGCCAUCACACUGCGUUAUUUCAUCUUGAAAAAUCAUGUUUAAUAGCUGAAUUUCUAGAGAUGAAAUAGACUACCCAUGAUACUGAAAGGAAAUUAUCCACCAUUCAGACAAUUGUGGGGAACAAUGUGCACCAAAAGAGCUAUGCAGUUAUUACAUAAUUCACAAAGCUUCAUGGGACUGUUAAGAUAUCUUGUACCUUUGUCAUUUUGUCCGAUUGUCAAAUAUUUUUGCUUCUAAUUGAUGUUUGUAAUGUUGUGAUUCACCACGUAGCUGUUUGGUUUGGUUCAUGGAUGAUCAAAUAUUUGAUGAAAUCCCUAUGGAAAAAAUGAAUGGGAAAAGUACUUCCGAAAUCAAGACGGCUGAAAAAGUAGGCGGGCACUGUUGCACUCUAUAGAAUGGACAGGAGUGAGUAUGAUUGGUUAGCUUUUAGGGGGAGAUUUAUUUCCCUACAUGAAGAGCCAGGUUUGGAUGGUAGGGAGCAGUCUUUCUGUAGCUGCCCACAAACGUCCAACCCAUAUUAACCAACCUGAUUUAGUCCUUUUGGUCUCAAUGGUCAGCCACUGCAUCCUGUUUACUCUAGUGGUUGGUCCAUGAUAUUUUUCUGGUUUCACUCCACUAGAACAUCUUUCAUGAUCAUUUUUCCCUAGUGGCCAGAUCCUUCUCUCCAGAUACAGGCAUGCUGAUCCUUGCCUGUAUAGUGUUUUAUUAUUAUGGUUGACCAUUUGUUUGUCUAAUUAUUAAUUCUGCUGAGGCUUUAUUGGAAAUUCUGGGUUAUUAACUUUCCAUCGCCUGGACAAGGGAGCGGUAGAUGGCAGCAGCUUAACUCUGGAAACGUCAAUGAGCAAACCUGGCUCCAGUGAAAACUGUGCAAUUCAGCAACCUGUUCUAGAAGAGUAUUUUAACGAUUUGAUAUUUAAUCUACAGGUUGGGCUGCUUUCAAAUUCGAAAGCAGCAGUAAUGAACCUUGAAACUAAUCUAUUCUGGUGUGGCAGCAAAAAAGGUAUUAAAGGCGUCACUGCCAUUAACAGGCAUAUACCGGUAUGUAUCACACUGGGUCUUACUAACCAUAAUACUGUUUGUGUGUGAGAUUGAACGUUUACAUGUUUGUUCAUUUGCAAGUAGUAAUAUUUAGUAUGAAGUGAUCACAUCUUUGGAGCAAUUAAUAUCAUGCAAAUUAAUUUGUAUGAAAACAGUGACACCAUUAAAUGUGCUUAUUAAGUAAACAAAUACAUAUCAAGUCCCAAGCUAUGCAGCCUUUUGUGUCACAUUGGUACCGUGGGCUCUUAGCAUGCAUACUGUAUGGACUUUCAAUGUAGAUAAGGUAACAUUCAAGUCACAGAGAAUGAGAAGAGGGGUGUUGAAGAACAGGAAUUCAGCCCCAGCUUCCGAUUGGCCUUCUCUUCUAUAGGAUGCCACUAGGCAUCUGCAUCCUGAUUUAGCAGCUGGGAUUGUCAUACUUACAAAGCCAGAAGGCAAUCUGAAUUUCAAAUCUAACAAAGUUGUCUGCAAGGUUGUUACAAAUUUCUGUUUUUUUUGUUUUGUUUUUUUUUGUUUUUUGUUCAGUGUAAACACUGAUUAGAUUCUCUCUUGCUUUUUCUAUAUUUCUCCCAACCCCCUCUCUCACACUCUGGUGUUCUUUCAUACUCUCUCUUGUACACUUAGAAGUACUCUUAACUUUUUUUCUUCACUCCAUUUCUUCUGCC